AUGAAUAGUAGUGAAAGUGUGAUCGGUGUAAAAACCAGAUCCAUGAAUAUAUGUGAAAGAGUGCUUCAACCCAGAAUAAAAAGAGACUAUUGUCAUAUUACAAAAGAAAAGAAAGCUUAACUGAUUCAAACUGUACUGAAACAAAAAUGUAAAAUAAAAAAAGUAAGAUACUUUUCUUAUCAUAGAUAGCAAAGGAUUUAAAUAUUAACUAUGCAACUGCAAAAACUAUACUUCAUUGUUUUAAGAAAAAAAAAAUGACUUUUGAAUCAGAUCCUGAAGUAAAAAGGGUGUCUGUUGGUUCGAUCAAGGAAGAUUCAAAGCUUUGGGUUUAAAUAAAAGUAGCGGAUCAGACUAUUAAACACUAUGAGUAUUACGAUGAAAUCAAGAGAAUCUAAUGA